CUAUUGGGAAUCCUAUAUUUAUUUCUGUUGGUCCCAUUCCUAUAAUUUAACUAUUGAAGUCCAGCCCAAUUAUCUAACAUACCCUAAGUCCCUAACAGCCCAUUAGCCCAAUUAAUCUAUUCACUUAUUCAGAUGAUCCAUUUGAGUAUUCAAUAUGCAUCCCUAUACUGCCCAGCCCUAAUCUUCACUCUUCACUUCUGAGUUCAGCGCCUCUGCGCCUCAGACCUCAGUCUUCACGCCGCCUUAAGCCCUUCAGCUUCACGCACGCUUUACACUUUAUCACGAGUCAGCAUACUCAGAUCAGCUUCAAAUUCUUAGGCUUGCUUUUCCAGUUCCUCCUCCAAGUUUCUCACUUGAGCUUCGAGUUGACUAAUAGUGACUAAAGAGUUGGAGUAUUCAUCAGAUUACUUUUUCAGCUCAUUCUCCAAACUGUCAAUCUAGGCUUCUAAUUGACUUACAGUGACAUACGAAGAAGAACACUCAUACUGCAUUUGAAGGUGUAGUGUAGGCUGUGUAGCUGUAGUGUAGCUGCUGCAGGUGGUGGUGUUGAGUGAUGUUGUUUGUUGCUGUUGUUGCCUUUUAGUUUUAGGAACUCAGAUAGUAGUAAAAUUAAGAUGGUUUGUGGCUACUUAUCUUGUAAUUAGAUCAGAUUCAAUCAUUCAGCUCACCUGUCGGAGGCCAGGAUCUAUCCUCCUGUGUCAUGCUCUAAAUAAAUAUAAUAUUUCCAUGCCAGACAGGAACACCUCCAGGCAUUUGUUAGGGGGCGAAGCGGUUCCUGGCGUGAAAACUCCCAAUUGAAAGUCAGAUUUCGGGGGGCAUCCUCCCGUCGCAUGUCCGCUCAACUCUGAUACCCGAAUCUCCUUUUGGUUGAAGUUUAUUGGACAUGAAUGAAUAUACCGGAGAGGGAGAACUCCUAACAAAAGCACCAUGAGACGGGGCUAGUCGCAUCUUUCAUAUUGGUGGGAAAUUUAGCUGUCAUAAACCUAGGGUUGAUUAAAGACCCUUUUCAACUCCGUUUCUUCUUCACCGGCCACCACAAAACUCCGGCAUGUUUCUUUUCACCGACCACCAGCAAACUGUACCGCAAGGAUUUUAGCACAUAAGAAGAAAUGGGUGAUGAAGGAAUUCCACAAACUCCCAGAAGAACCACUAGAGCAUCAUUGUCUAGCACAGUGAAUCCUAAAAAUUCUACAGGGAAGUUAAAAUCAUGUAAUCUGUUGCCUUUGACAAUACAUGAUCUCGCUUAUGGAGAUGAAUCAAUUAGUUUAGAUGAUUUGAUUUCUAGUUUACCUGGUAGACGUGCACAAAUAAUUGAACUGUUACACCUUUUGGGCACUUUGGAUUCUCCAAUGUUUCCUGUCUUCGUAUAUGGAGGUGCUUCGACUGGGAAAACAAGUUCAAUUCUUCAGAUAUUUAAGCACCUAAAACGUCCAUUUGUUUACUGCAGUUGUAUAACAUGCUAUAGCCCAAGGAUACUAUUUGAAUCUGUGUUGAAUCAGUUAUUGCUUCAUAGAAGGAAUGAAAGCAAUCGUUAUUCAAGUACAAAACGCUGUGAAAGGCCCUCCGAUUUUGUAAAUCUUUUGCAGGAGGCUCUUCAUAAUGUGUUAGAUAGUCUGACGGGGAAUGUGGAGAAAUCAAGCUCGAAGAAGUCGGUGGGAAGGGCUAGGGGAAAAAUGGUUUACUUGGUAUUUGAUAACUUGGAGCUUGCUCGUGAAUGGGACAAGAGUUCCAACAUAUUGCCUUUUCUCUUUAAGCUCUAUGAUAUUCUGAAAAUGCCAGAAGUGGGUUUGAUUUUUCUCGGUAAUGCCUCACCUGACACUUAUUACUCGGACACUGGCUAUGUAGAACCUGUUCCUGUUUACUUUCCUGAUUACACCGACGAUGAACUUCAUCAAAUCUUAAUGAAAAACCAGAAAAACCCAAAGCUAUAUUCCUCAUUUCUCGAAGUGGUAUUGAGGCCAUUUUGUCGAGUUACUAGGCGAGUUGAUGAAUUAUCGACUGCAUUCUCAUCAUUAUAUCAGAUAUAUUGUGAACCUCUUGAUGAUUUAGGCAUUGUUCUAAGUGAAGAUAUGAAAAGAAAACUUUUUUCUCAUCUUCAACCACAUAUUGGACCAUACCUGAACAACACAUUCAAAGUUGAAAGCAGGCUGUCUUCUGAAGCCUCAGCUAAGACGAACAAAUGGAAAGGCAUUGCCAAGAAAAUUGGAGUUUGUGAAUCUUCCAGUGAGAUAGACUUUCAUAUGUCUGUUUGUGCCAAAUAUCUUCUUAUUUGUGCUUUCCUUGCUUCAAGAAAUCCAGCUACCCUUGAUGCAUCCUUGUUUGAUUCAACUGGAGGUUCCAGUAACCAAAAACGAAAGAGGAAGAGCUCGGAGAAGUCCAAAGAGAAGAAGGAAAUUGUAGAGCAAGAAUUGCUCUUGAAGGGACCAGGAACGUUUCCCUUGGAAAGAUUAUUAGCCAUAUGUCAGUGUGUUGUAUCUGUGUCAGAAUGCUUACCUGAUGAAGAAGCAGAAGGACAUGAUGGAUUGGAAGGAGAGAGUUGGACUAAUGGACUGUUGUCUGAUGCUCUUUUGGAAUUAUCAAGUCUGUGUAAUGCCAAUUUUAUCAGUAAAGCUGGAACUUGCCCCUUGGAAGGCGCUAAUCGGUAUCGAUCUAUGGUGUCUGAAGCUAUGGCUCUUAAGGUUGCAAAGAGUCUAAAAUUUCCUCUGGCAAAGUAUUUAUAUAGAGGAGGAUGAUAUAGAAGAUGCCUUUUCAUGUGAAAAUGAUUUUGCAUGUCAAGCAAGAGCAACAUGUGAACAUGAUGCUGUCAACAAUGUGACGUCACCUAACCAACCCCUGUGGCAUGGUGAAUGUACUAUUAGGAUUCUACUUAUUUGUAUCACUCAUUAUAGUAUACGCAGUGGCGAGAGGCUUUAAGUGUAAGUUGAUUGGUUGUACUCCAUGAAGAACAAUGAAACAGUAUCAUCUAUCGAAAUAUUUGACUAUCAUGGAACAUGUUAGUGAUUAA